GCAGCCGGGAACCAUAGAAACCUGAUAGAAACGAGCAGGUGUCCAGGUGCUGUCAGCUGUCUGUCCUGCUGUCUGUCCUGCUGUCCUCAUGGUCCGGGUCUCCCGUCCCCCCGGAGCAGCGAGGUGUCGCCUCCUCCUGCCCGUCCUGGUGCUGCUGCUCUGCGGUCACAUCGCCGCUGUCGCCGGACACAAGUCUGGAAGUGCCUUAACUGUGGUGAACACUGACGGAGGAGUGGGAGGUGAUGAAGAGGAGGAGGGGACAGUUGGUGAUGAAGAGGAGGAGGAGACAGUUGGUGCUGAUGAAGAUUUAGAUGUUUUCCAACCAACGGAGCAGUGGCAGACACUCAAACCAGGUCAGGCCCUGCCGGCUGGUUCUCACGUGAGGCUGAACCUGCAGACGGGGCAGAGGGAGGUGAAGCUGGGGGAGGAGCAGCUCAAGUACCGGACCCCGGAGCACCGGACCCCGGAGCACAGGGAGAAGGAGGAAGAGGAGGAGAGCAGGCCCAGCUUCAGUCCUGACGAGCUGAAGCGGGCCAUGAAGAGGAUGAAGGAGGACCUGGACCCGGACCUGAACCCGGACCUGAACCCGGCAGACCCAGACCCAAACCCAGACCACCAGGACUCUGCAGCGUCCAGAUUCCGGCCCCUGGAGGAGUUGAAGCAGGACAUGGCUGAGCUGGACCUGCUGGUGGAGACGGAUGUUCAGAUAAUGGGGCGGUUGUUGCAGCAGCUGAACGGCAGCGCGGCCACCACGGAGCAGAGACUGAGCCUCCUGCUGGAGCUGGAGUACCUGGUGCACCAGGUGGACAACGCCCAGACGCUGUGCUCCAUGGGGGGUCUGGACCUCAUCCUGGGGGGGCUGAACAGCUCUGACUUCAGACUGCAGGAGAGCUCCGCCUUCGUCCUGGGCUCUGCCCUGUCCAGUAACCCGGUGGUGCAGGUGAAGGCUGUGGAGAGCGGAGCUCUGCAGACGCUGCUGACCACGCUGGUCACUGCUCAGCCGCUGCACGUCAAGAAGAAGGUCCUGUUCGCGCUGGCCGCGCUGCUGCGCCAGUUCCCGUACGCCCAGCAGCACUUCGUCUCCCACGGGGGGCUGCAGGUGCUGGCAGAGCUGUUCCAGCAGGACGGGGGGGGGAUCCUGAGGACCAGGAUCGUCACCAUGCUGUACGACCUCAUCACUGAGAAGGAGCUGAUGUUCCAGGCGGGGCUGGACCCGGUCACCGACCCGGCCCACGAGGAGCGGCGGCGCCAGUACUCCCGCGUGUCCCUGCAGGGGGAGCUGGGGGAGAAGGGCUGGUGCAGCCUGGUGCCCCAGCUGCUGCAGAGCAGCGAGCACGACCACCGGGAGAAGGCUCUGCGGGCUCUGAUAGCCAUGGCCCCCGCGUGCUCGGACCAGUACCGGCUGCAGCCGUGGCUGCUGGACUCUCUGCUGGCCCUCCGACUGCAGUACCAGGACCUGGUCCACUCAGAGAUGAUCCUGGGGGAGGAGAACAGCUACUUCUCAGAGAUCGUAGAGCUGAUAGACACGCUGCACGUCAAGCUGAGGUGACCGGAGCUACGGGGGACCCGGAUAGUUUCCCUGAGCGGCCAACGCUCCGUCUGAGGUGACGGCUGCUGCCCAGCUCACGGCUGCACACACAGACUCGGCCGCCCACCCAGUCACACGCAGGAGCUGAGCACCGUCCGGGGUUGAGGGCUGCGAGCUGGACUGUAACUUCUGUACUUGGGGAGUUUUUAAAAAGAAACUGCUGCAGGUGAAGCUGCGUGUGUGUGUGUGAUACAGUGUUGUGAAUCAGCUGAAUAUAUGACUUGCAUGUGGACCUGUAGCGUUGUUGCCUUCAUUUCAGCAGGUACUGUAUGGAUUUGCGUUGUGCAUCGUGUUCUGCAUUCUGAUUGGCUAAACAGUCUCCCCGCUUCUUCACUUCCUGUGUCAAUAACGUUGGUUGCUUAGCAACAAGAUGAGAACGACCAAUGAGCUUCAGCAGCAGCUCAAGAACAGGAACUUUGAUGAAUCGUUCUUUACAGUCUCAAAUAUAAUCAAUGGUCUCGGUUUAGAAGAAUCUUUUUGUCCAGAAGAAAAAAGAGCAACAACAACGACUCAUAACUAUUUUCUUCUCUGGAAAAAACCCACCUGCACCGCGGCUUUAGGAGAAAAAGACGCUACAGAGUCAGGAUGCAGCGGCUCAGAAGAACAGUGAAAUAAGUGCGAGGCGGUGCUGAUCUCUGCAAUUUGAACCUUCUAUAAUAAUUGUAAAAAGAAUUUCACUUAGCACGGGUUCUUUUUGGAACGUAACCCCUGCGAAAAACCAGGGAUUACUGUAAUGACAAACUCUCCUUCUCUUGGCUCAUGACCGUCAUGUUUUUGAAUAAACACACACACACAUCCAGUACGUUUCCUCCUGUCUCCAUGUGGGGAAAAAAGCUUCACUGUAGCCAGAAAUAACAGAGUAACGCACCGUUUAGUAACGGUAAUUGCGUUACUGAAUUUAAAAAGUAAUGCAUUAGAGUUACCGCAAAACUGACGGCGUUACUGUAACCCGUUACUAAAUAACGCGUUAGUCCCAACACUGGUUAUGAAGGACCUGCUGUUCUGGGCUGGCAUCAGUCUAGGAUAGAAAAGGCUGCAUUUCCUUUUGAAAAUGCAGGAUGUUUGGAGAUCUCUGUGAGCCAUGAAGAAGCCUCAGCUCCUAUUUUAGCAUGAAGAGCUACUAGCUACGGGCCGGCCUCCUCCAUGAUCGUGACUGAAAGAACGUCUGUCUGCAGCUGCAACGAGUGACCCACGGAUGUUCCUCCCCCAGAUGAGCUGAACCAGGGACCCUGCAGGCCUCCACGUGAACGCCUUUGGACCGACCCAGAGCUGAAGGAGGCCCAGCUGCUGUACCCAUGAUGCACUACUCAUCCACACGGAGAGGAGGAGAGCAGGAGAGAGAGAGAGAGAGAGAGAGAGAGAGAGAGAGAUGCUCUUUACCAGGAUCACCUGAUCAACCACCCAGCUGUUCACCAAGGAACACUGUUUUGUUUCUGGGCAGAGAAACAUAGUUAACACAUUUAACUAGUUUAGCUUUACGUUGUGAGCCGGACCGCUGAUCCCGUCACAACUGGGUUUAUUAGUUUAAGUGUGUUUGUUUAUUUUAUCGUUUGUCAACCGUUGCAUCCAUGAGACGAAAUCCAGUCCACCAUUUUGAAUCACGCGAGAACCAAAAUGGCAUACUAAUGUACUACAUGCUACAUACUGCAAAGUAUGUACUGUAUACUGGCUACUAAACGAACGAUUCAGUAGCCGCUCCAGCAGACCGUUCAGCAGUAGCAGCCAAGUAUCCCAGAAUGCAUUUCGCACCAUAACGACAGCGGAAGCCGAGAGCUAAAAGCUGUUUUAAUUUCAGCUGUAGCGCUGUUAAUAUGCCACUUAAGUUUUAAUAUUUUUUCAGGCGUGAAAGUAACCGUUAAGAUCCCCAACCUGGGCUCAGUUUAUCCAAAUAACGCCUGUUAAGAAAUUUGCUCCAACGUUUUCGGGGAUGAGAAGAGCCGCCCAGUCGGCAGCAGCAGCAGCAGCUCACGGCCGUGGGGGAGAGGUGUGAUCGCUGGAUCAACCUACGCCGUCGUCCCGGGGAGAAACUGAUCCAAUGAACUGACCUGCAGCUCUGUGGCUGAAAUAAAUCAUUUAGGAAGAUAAAUGUUGGUUUAAUAGAUAAAAUCUAACAGUUAGUUUGUCUGAAUAUAUAGUGAAGCUUCAUGUUUUUACUGGAGCCCCAGAACCAGCGCUGCUGCUCUGUCUGUACAUCAGAGCCGUCACAAUUUUAAUAAAUGUAUUAAAAUCAA